GGACGUGGUGACUUUGGAAGUUUGAAAUCAUGGCUGGAGCUUGAGACUGGGCACAGGUGCACCUAGAAGGGUUUUCUGCCUUCAACCACCUCCACCUGCAGUACCCCUGUCUAGGAAUGUCCCGCCCAGCCAUCCCGCCUCUCAGUGUCGGGGCCACGGCCCCAGAGGCUCUGUCCCUCCUGCACCAGCGCCUGCUGAUGGCCGAGGAGGAGGCUGAAUCUCUUAUUAGAGACAUGGGCACACUGGGGGUCUCCAGGGAUCAGAUCCUGGGGUCUGCACAGAGGAUGGACGCCACACAGCGCCCUGUGAGUCCUCUGAAGGUGCGUCGGGUCAGUGGGGACGAGGGCGCGCUGUGGAGACAGUGUGACGCUUUAGUGAGCCGGGUGUGUCGCAUGGAGAGUCUGCUGCAGACCCUCAAACUCACUGUGUUCCGCCUGGAGACUGAGAGACAGCUGGAUCCAUCUCACACAGCCCAUCUGGAGCAGCAGCUGGCAGCGCUGCAGCAGGACAGUGAGGAGGAGCGUCAGGCCUGCAGGAGGGAGGUGAUGAAGCUCAGGGAGCAGCUUCAUCAGGCCUACCAGGAGAGAGAUGAAGCUCUCACAGAGGUGCAGAGGCUGGAGGAGACAGUGGGGGCUGCUGCUGCUGCCAAGAUGGAAGUGGCUUUGGCAGCUGAGGAGCUGAAGAUCGUCAAAUUAGAGAUGAGUCAGAAACUGACGGAGAUGCAGCAGCAGAUGAGACAGGAGUCGGCCCGCUCCGCUGAAGCCAUGAAAUCUCACAGCGAGUUUCUCCAGCGGGUGGAGGAGAUGGAGAGAGCGGUGGAGAUGGAGAGGAGACAGGCUCUGAUGCUGCGCUCAGAUUGCCAGGCCUUGCGUGUGGAGGUCCGCACCGGCCGGCAGCAAUUGGCUGAAGAAGAAGACAGAGUCCGACAGCUGGAGGAGCGCUGUCAGCAGCUCACAGAGCAGACAGUGAUGAAGGACUCCCUCGUGUCUGAGCUGAGGACUGAGCUGAAGGCUGAGCGGAGCCGUGCGGUCCACCAGCUUCAACAGCAGGACCUGCAGCUGGAAGCAGCCACACGCAGCAUCCAGACUGAGCUGCAGGUGGCGCUCACAGAUAAAGUUAACCUGCAGCUGGAGCUACAGAAGCUGACAGGUGAACAUGCACAGCUCCUGCAGAGCUCCUCCACUGCACGAGAGACAGCGUCCACUCAGAGGGAGCUACUGGAGCGAACCAUUGAGAGACUGCGGGGGGAGCUGAGCACGGCCAGGAGAGAGGAGGGUGCAGUGAGGAAAGACCUGCAGAGUUUAAAGAACAAGCUGAGUCUUGUUGUCACUAAGUUGGAGGGUGAGAGGAGCAGUUUGGAGACCCAACUUACUGAGGCCAAGCAGGAGGCGGGGUCUCUGAGCUCAGCCCUACAGAGGCAGCAGGAUGAGAACAGGAGGCUCAUGGGAAAGGUGGCGGCUUCGGAGCAGCAGCAGCAGGUGCACCAGAUGCUGAAGGACCUGACUGCCAGUGAGAAAGGGAAUCUUAAGGUCAGUGAGCUGGAGGCCUUGCAGUGUGUCUGUGGUCCUGCAGGGGGCGCUGUCAGUCAAACCCUGGCCUCUCAGACCCUGCAGCAGGAGCUGAGCACCCUCAAGACGCACAGGGUGCAGGCUCAGAGAGAAAUCAGGAACCACCAAGCAGAGGUGGAGAAACUCCAGCGACUCCUGACGUCUACUCACGCCAAGAACAACAGAGCUCUGGAGUCCUUGCAGAAGGCCUCAGAUUCAGCCAAAGUGGACAACAAGAAGUUGGCCCAGAGUUUGGAGCAGGCUGUGUUGACCAACAGCAGUUUACGCAGCAAACUGGAGCAGACUAGAGACCAGUACCAGGCCGCCAUCACACUGAGAGACGAGGAGCUACGCGAGGCUCGGACACAGAUUAGUCAUUUGUCUGAGGAGCUGGGAGCUUUGAAGCAACAAACAAGGGGAGAUUAUGAAUCUUCCAUGAAGACACUGCAUCGAGAAAUCUCAGAGCUGAAACACACAGUUAAGGCCUCAGCAGCCAGGUCAGGUGACCUCUCCAAGGCCAAUCAGGAGCUCCACCAGCGGGUGUCUGAGCUGGAGCGGCUGGUGUCCAAACAGAAAGCUUGUAUCAGAGAACACAGGAGUCGACUGAGGCAGCAACACAUGAGCAGAGAUUUGCAGGACAACUGUCAGGAAGAUGAGAGGUUUGAAGAGAGAACCAGGAAUCUGCACGAGGAAGAGCAGGCUGACCACAAGCCUCAGGAGGUCAGGAUGGACUCUCAGCAGGUUUUACACAAACGCGAGGCAGAGUGGGAGAGGUGGACAUCAACCAUCCAACGCUGGGAGGCCAAGAGAGAGCUGGCUCACAUCGCUGGAGGAUCCACGCCUGUGAGGACACAGCUGACAAAACAAUCACACUGAUGAUAACGGACGUAUCUCACACAAACACACACACACCUGAGCACAGGGGGAAGCAACAUGACACAGUG